AUGUGUGAGGAGAAUCAAACAAUGGUGACAGAAUUCCUACUACUGGGAUUCCAGAGUCUUCAAAACUUUAGAAUUCCCCUUUUUAUUUUCAUCCUUCUAAUUUAUAUAGUUAUACUUAUUGGAAAUGUUCUCAUCGUUAUACUGGUGUCAUUUGAUCGUCGGUUCCAAGUUCCUAUGUUUUACUUCCUCAAACAUUUGGCACUUGUAGACCUCUUGUUCACAACAAACAUUAUACCCAACAUGUUAUAUGUCAUCCUGAUGGCUGGGGCACAAAUAACAGUAGAUGGAUGUGUUUUACAGUAUUGUAUACAUUCUCUGUGUGUUUGUACCCAGUCUAUAAUUCUUGCUGCUAUGUCUCUUGACAGAUUCAUAGCUAUCUGCCACCCUUUACGCUACUCUUCUUUCAUGACCCCUAAAUUGUGCUUUCAUUUGGCUUUCUGGUCCUGGGCAGCUGGCAUCUUCUUAAGCCCAAGCGAAUUCUAUUUAAUCUUUACUCUACAGUUCUGCCGGUCUAAUAUAAUUGAUCAUUUCUUCUGUGACUUAGCACCUUUUCUUAAUCUUGCUUCAGCAAACCACGAUGAAAUUGAAAGGCAAGAUUUCAUUAUUUCUGUCCUUCUUAUAUUUAUACCAUUCUUGUUUAUCAUUUUAUCCUAUAUCUGUAUUUUUAUCACCAUUCUAAAAAUGUCAACCUCUGCUGGAAGGAAGAAGGCUUUCUCCACUUGUAGCUCCCAUCUCAUUACUGUCUGCACUCACUGUGGUAUUUUGGUUACUGUGUAUAUUUUUACAGCAGGAGGUCCAUUUCAACCAGAAAAUAAUUGGCGAUCUCUCUUGUACACUAUCCUUACUCCUUUCAUUAACCCUCUUUUAUAUAGCAUAAGGAACCAAGAAUUUAGAAAAGCAACAAGAAGUUUUAUUUGUUCAGAUAAAGGGAAAUGUUCACGUCAGUGA